GUAUGACAUGUUUGUGACGUGCAGCGAUGUAAUAAAGGUAGUUGAGUGCGUUGCGUGUGCGCUGUGCCGUGGUACUGCGCGUCGUAAAACAUGACGAUUCAAGUUAACAUAAACCUGGACAUGCACCCAACGUGCGUGGACCUCGUUUUUCCGGAUGGUGUACCAAAGGGGGGAAGUGUCCAGUUGAAUUUGCUUCGCACUUCGUCCAGAUUCGCGUACGUGAACGAACGCGAGUGCGUUCCCGUCGUCAGGCGGAGGGCGAGCGUGCUCGACCAGCGCUAUCUCGAGGGAAACAUCACUGUGCACGCUUUUCACGAAGAUGACGGUCAUCCGCUGUGCUUCCUGAAAGCGGCAGCCGCACACGAAGCGGAAAUUCCGCGCGGCGAAGGGAAUGCGGCUGCUAUUGUGGCGAAUGAUGAUGUCAAGCCGGCUUCGUCGCCUCUGACAGCGGUUCACGAAACGGCCGAAGAUGUGGCAACAGUCAUCUCGGACGCUGUUGGAGCCAGCAGUUGUGAGAAUGGCGUUACCGAAGGAGACACCGCCGUGCGUGAGAAGACAGUGCGCGGUAAACCUGAAGUGGCCGCGUCCCGAUCGCUUUUACCGCCGUUGUGCACAUACAUCUGCACAGUUUGCCAUUUCCAGUCGACGCACAGGGAAGAAGUUCUGGAACACAUCAAAAGUCACGAGAGCGUUCCCGUCGCUGCUUCCAAUGUCAGGCAGCCGGCCGCUGAUAAGGGUGCAGUCAUGCGCGACAAAAUCGCCCCACCGAGACUGCCUCGGCCGAAGAAAAAAGCGGCAGUUUUCAAGUGCGCCGAAUGCAGCAAGCAGUUCCCGGCCGAUGGUUUGCUGCGUAUUCACGUGCGCAUAUACCACGGAGGCCCGCUUCAGUGCAAGCACUGCUCGUCCAAGUUUCGCAGCGAGCAAGAGCUGGACAAGCACAUGCAAAGCGACCACUUGGACCGGGCGCCGCUCCGUUGCUCGUACUGCGCGUAUGCCUUUUUCAGCGCCGACAUGCUGGCGCUGCACGAGCUCAAAUGUCCCGUCGCUAGGCAAAAGAAACAGACGGUCGCUUGCCAGCUGUGCGAUUUCACGACGUCCGAGGCAAGCAGUCUGUGCCAGCAUAUCCAGGAGUCGCACACCGAAAAGGUGAUCUACACGUGCGAGCCUUGCGGCCACCUGUCACUCGACUUCGGAGUACACCAAGAGCACCUCAAGAGCCACGGUCCUGACGGGAAGGCUGCUGCACCGUCUAGUCCCUCUCCAGCGUCUCAUGCUGGGGAGCCCGUGCAGUGUCCACUGUGCAAGAAGGAGUUCAAGAACUGCCGCACUCUAAAGGAACACAUAAAGCGUCACCCAAGGUCUGUGAGGCACGUUUGUGAACUCUGUGGUGAGGGUAUCACGACAAAUGUGGCACUGAUCAAGCACCUCAACCGGCACAACAAGGAGACUGCACGCAAGUAUCGCUGCCUCUUUUGUAGCAAGUGCUUCCAGACGACCUUCAGUGUGAGUCGCCACAUGAAGAACAUUCACCUGUUUGACCAUGAGCACGGUUGCGAGCUCUGCCCGCACAAAUUUGCCACGGUCAAGGAGAAAGCGGACCACAUGGCCAAGGCCCACGUCGUGGCCAUGCCGAAGGGCAAGCGCGUGCACAAGUGCACUGACUGCGAUUUCGAGUCUGAAAGCAUGGGUCGAUUCGAGAGGCACAGAGCAUCCCACACGGGCGUUUACCCCUACGAGUGCACCGAGUGCCCGAGGCGUUUUGCAGCCAAGGAGGAGCUCAGCCGACAUGUGCACAUCAUUCACCCAAAAGGCCAGCAAAACUGUCCAAACUGCCCAAGGCUUUUCCAGGACCAGCUGGAGUUCGAAAAUCACCUGGCUCUGCAUCACAGUGGCCAGUCGCACCCGUGCGAACAGUGCGGCCACCACUUUGAGAGCGCAGAAGCACUCCGUGAGCACCACGACAAGCAGCAUGACCUGAACCUUCCUUACGAGUGCCGCCUCUGCCACCAGCGUUUCUGCAAUAUCGGCCAGCGGGUGUCACAUGUCCGCAAGUAUCACCCACGUGUGCUGCUCAAGUCUCAUGUGUGCGACAUAUGUGGAUCAGCUUUCCGCUACCAAAGCGGCCUGGCAGUGCACAAGCUCGACAAGCACACUGGACGCACAGAGGGGCGUCUCUUUGAAUGUGAAUACUGCGGGAAGGUAUUCGGACGGAGCAAUGUGCUGGCCAUGCACCUGCGCCUACACACUGGGGAGCGGCCGUAUCUGUGCCAGCACUGUGGAAUGACCUUCCGAAACCCCACCAACCUCAAGUAUCACACCGUCAACAUGCACACCAAAAACUACGCAGUCUUUUGCCCCAUCUGCUCCCGUGGGUUUGUUGUGCGACGAAAGCUGGCCAAGCACCUCAUGCAGGUGCACAAAGUGACGGGCAUGGUGAACACAACUUCGCGAAAGGGUCGCGCCAAGCCUGUCUACAUCGAACACACCACGGUGCCGGUGGUGUCCAUGGAGACUGGCGACGAUGUGAUGCUUAAUGUGAUGCAGAUUGUAGAAACUGCCGAUGACGGGGUGACUGCCACGGAAGUCGGCCAUGCCGUUGCAGGACUCGGUGGUGCUGUCACUGUGGCUGACGACAUGGCGGCCACCGUCACAGAGGAGACUGUGGUGGACGACGUGGUGGAGGAAGCAGUGGAAAUGGUGGACAUUUCAGACGUCGAGUUCGUCAGUGGUGCGACCGUUGAGUGCUACACCGUUAGUUGACAGGCUGCAGGACCACCUCAACUUGGUCAUCGUAGAGAAGCCUUGAUGAGCUCAUGUAGUUUACAUGUCUGUUUGACCUGUCAUCUUUCAUUAAAACCAACCUUAGUAUGUUUCGUGCUCUUAGAAA